GAACCAAGUUCUGAAAAAUUUCGGUGCCAAAAAUGCUUAGAAAUUGGCCAUUGGACGUAUGCAUGCACUGGUAAGAGAAAAUAUGUUUCAAGAGAAUCAAGGACUAAGAAAUUAGAAAUGAAGCUGAAUAACAAGGAGAAUAAAGCUGUC